UAUAAUAAGAAGGAACGAAGACGACGAGGCAACGACGUGAACGACGAGGAGGAGGAGGACGACGACGACGACGACGAAGAGGAAGAGGAUGAGGUAGAUGAGGAGAUUGAAGAGGAUGAAGGAAUCGAUGAGAGAGCAGCUGAUGAUAAUGAUUCUGGUACGGUGAGUGCCUCGAAGGAUGACGUUCAAGAGAAUUUAGAUGACAGCAAAAAAGCACAUGAAAACCAGAGGUACAGUGAUAAAAAUGAAACCAAAAAUACCAAUGAGAACAAUGCGUCAACGCCCGAAUUCAAAGGCAAAAGAACGAAACCAUAUAAGCGAUCAAAACGAACAUAA